UCAAAAGCUGCUGUAGUCACACAUUUUGCCGGAGGUAGCGCCGAAUCCGUCGUCAGAGCAACUAUGGGUAAGGUUCACGGUUCAUUGGCUCGUGCCGGUAAGGUGAGAGGACAGACUCCCAAAGUAGCUAAGCAGGACAAGAAGAAGAAGCCACGUGGCCGUGCUCACAAACGUCUUCAACACAACCGCCGUUUCGUCACCGCUGUUGUCGGAUUUGGCAAGAAGAGAGGACCAAACUCGUCUGAGAAAUAGAUGAAUGAACGCUUUGGAUUUUUAAAGUUUUGUGCGUUUUUUUUUUUAGUAUCUUUCUUGUUUAAUUUGUAAGACUAUGCAAAAUUUCUCUAUCAAAUCGACUUCUUGACAAUUUGUUCAUUUAAUUCAAUGCUCUUUAACCUUGAGUAACACCUCAUUUGCUCAUGGCAAUAGCAUUUCUAUUAAUCACUUUUUUUUUCUAUC